CCUCUUCUUCUCCUCAGGCGCUGAGGGGCCGCCCGACCCCGGCAGCCCGCGGCUCGUUCAACCCGGUGGCGUUUCGGGGCUGACCCGGCGGCAGGAAGCGCCGGCGGCUCCUCCCUGUGCCCUCCCGCUCCUCCUCCUCCUCGCCCAUGUCCAUUCCAAGAUGGCCGGGAUCCCUUUGUAUUUUGUGGAUUUGCAGGAUGACUUAGAUGAUUUUGGAUUUGAAGAUUAUGGGCCAGACUGUGAUAGCAUGAGGAUAACAGCAUUCCUGGAUAUCCCUGGACAGGAUAACUUAACUCCACUGGCUCGUCUAGAAAAAUACGCCUUCAGCGAUAAUGUCUUUAACAGGCAAAUUAUUGCCAGAGGUCUUCUGGAUGUCUUUCGAGAUUUCAGUAACAAUGAAGAAGACUUCCUGACUGUAAUGGAAAUAGUGGUCAGGCUCUCUGAAGAUGCAGAGCCAACUGUACGUACAGAGCUGAUGGAGCAGAUCCCUCCCAUUGCCAUUUUCCUGCAGGAAAGCAGACCAAAUUUCCCAACAGCAUUUUUUGAAUACCUUAUGCCCAUAGUAGUGAGAUACCUCACAGAUGUUAACAAUCAGGUUAGAAAGGCAGGUCAGGAGGCACUGCUGAUACUGCUGGAACAGGACCUUGUGGCUCAGAGUGACAUUGAAAACAAGGUGUGUCCCAUCCUGCUGGACCUCUCUGCCCCUGACAGUGAUGAUGAGUACAAGGUGGAAGCUGUGAAUAUAAUCUGUAAAAUGGCCUCCAUGUUGAGCAGAACAACAGUUGAGCACAUGCUGCUUCCUCGUUUCUGUGAACUGUGCAGUGAUGGCAAAUUGUUUCAAGUCCGAAAGAUUUGUGCAGCUAAUUUUGGUGACAUUUGUAAUGCAGUUGGGCAAGAAGCCACAGAAAGACUGCUGAUUCCCAAGUUCUUUGAGCUCUGUUCUGACAGUGUCUGGGGGAUGAGGAAGGCCUGUGCUGAAUGCUUCAUGGCAGUGUCCUACACCACGUCCCCAGAGGUUCGCAGGAGCAAACUGUCCCCCCUGUUCAUCAGCCUCAUCAGUGACACCUGCAGAUGGGUUCGUCAGGCUGCUUUUCAGUCUCUUGGCCCAUUUAUUUCUACCUUUGCAAACCCUUCAAGUGCUGGGCUUUACAUUCGAGAAGAUGGGACACUGAGUAUCCGACCACCAGCACAAGAUGGGAAUUCCAAUUCCUGUCAGCCAAGCAACAAUGUCACUUUAAUGUCCUCCAGUGCAAAUGCUACACUGUCCAGCUCAGAACAACCAAUGGAAAUCAAACCAGAAGCACCAACUGAGGAGAUUUCAGCAGAAGUGAACACAAAGCUCUCUGAGAACCUGAAUAAAGACACAUGGGAAGAAGGUUCAGAUUGUUGUGCCAGUCCUGGAGAAGAUGUGUCUUGCCUGUCUCAGGGUGGCAGAGCUGGUGCUGGUGUCCCUGAGGUCCCCAAGGACAGCAGUAUCCCUGGAAUGCCCUCCAGGUGUGGUGAGGACGUGUUCAACACGUUCCUGUACUGGCGCCCUCCUCUGCCUGACAUCACUCGGGAGCUGGAGCUGUUCCAGUUCAAGACUGAGAAGCACAACGAGAGCUGUUCUGUGCCAUGCAAUAACUGUGUUGCUAGUAGUGAAAUAAAAAAAGUUCUAGAAAGCUUACAAGAGCACAUAGAUGAUCCAGAUGUUCAAGCUCAGGUCCAAGUGUUGUCUGCUGCUCUCAGAGCUGCUCAGUUUGAUUCUGUUGGUGACUGUGAGACCAAAAAAAUGGAAGAAAGCAGUGGCAAAACCAUUUCAGAUGAAGCAGCUGUUUCAGAUGCUGCCUGCACCCAGGUGCAGGAGGACAGUCCCUCAUCCCCUGCCUCCCAGGAGAACAUCAGUGACCACUCAGUCACCAGUCUGCUGAAAAGCACAGAUUCAGAGGAACAACACAGAGGAACCAGUGUAUUUUUAAGGAAAGAGCAAGAAAAUAAUCCACCAUUUGAAGAUGACAAGUCAAAAUUCCAGGAUAUCAUCCCUCAGCCCUUACUGGACCAGUACCUGUCCAUGACUGACCCAGCUCGAGCCCAGACUGUGGACACGGAGAUCGCCAAGCACUGCGCCUACAGCCUGCCCGGGGUGGCCCUGACACUGGGCAGGCAGAACUGGCACUGCCUCAAGGACACCUACGAGACACUGGCCUCAGAUGUACAGUGGAAGGUGCGUCGGACACUGGCUUUCUCCAUCCACGAGCUGGCAGUGAUCCUGGGGGAUCAGCUGACAGCUGCUGAUCUGGUGCCAAUUUUCAAUGGAUUCCUGAAAGACCUGGAUGAAGUGCGCAUCGGUGUCCUCAAACAUCUGUAUGACUUCCUGAAGCUACUUCAUGCAGACAAAAGGCGAGAGUAUCUUUACCAGCUUCAGGAAUUUGUGGUGACUGAUAACAGCAGGAACUGGAGGUUUCGUUACGAGCUGGCAGAGCAGCUGAUCCUGAUCCUGGAGCUCUACAACCCCAACGAUGUCUAUGACUACCUAAGACACAUUGCACUGACUCUCUGCUCUGAUAAAGUCUCAGAAGUUCGGUGGAUCUCCUUCAAACUGGUUGUAGCAAUCCUACAGAAGUUCUACACAAACAGUGCAAAUGCUCUGGGGUUAAAUUUCAUCAAUGAACUUGUCGUGCGGUUCCGUCACAGCUCCAAGUGGGUUGGAAGACAAGCCUUUGCCUUCAUUUGUCAGGCUGUGGUGGAGGAGGAGUGUAUGCCCGUGGACCAAUUUGUGGAGCACUUACUGCCCAGUCUCCUGAGCCUUGCCUCAGACCCCGUGCCCAACGUCAGGGUCCUGCUCGCCAAGGCUCUCAGGCAGACACUGCUGGAGAAAGCUUAUUUUAAAAGUGUUGGCAAUCCUCAUCUAGAAGCUGCAGAAGAGACCAUUCUGGCCCUGCAAUCUGACAGAGAUCAAGACGUGUCUUUCUUUGCCACCAUAAAACUAAAACAGGGUAACAUGGACAAUAUUACCAUUGAAAAACAAAACUAACAAGUUGUUCUGCAGCAGGGGCUGAACAGCAGGACAGUUGUUCACUUUGUGGUCGUGUUGGUGUGAGUAAAGUGGGCAGAUAAGGUGGGUUCUGUUACCUGUUUGAGCAGGAAAUGUUCCUGUCUUCAUUUCAUGACCUCGUUUCCUCUGCCCCACUGUUUGAUUCCCAUGAGUAAUCCCUCUGGUUUUCCCUCUGUAAAUGUGAGUGAUAACUCUGAUCUCACCUGCAGUUCAGUAUUAUCUGUAAAGUCUUACACCACACUCAGUGUUUCAGUGUUAAUUGGAAUUCACAUUUCAUUUUUUAACAAAACAUUUCCAGUAGCACAAGGCUGCUACAAGCUUAAAAUGGUUUCUGAAUCCUAAAACCUGAUUAUAACAAACUUCCCUGAAGCUCUUCCUUCUUCACUUAUACUGUGGUUUUUGUAUUGUUUCAGCUAUUGCAUUUAUUUGAAAAAAGUGUAUAUAUGUGAAUAGUUUUGAAUUGUAACAAAAAAUUAAUGAUCUGAAUUCUGUAUCAGUGGAAAAAGCUCAUAAAACAUUUCAUUUUUUAAAGUAGUUACACUGCUAGAAUUAGGGCAUGGGUCAUUUUUACUUAAUAUAAUGUGAUAUUUUUCAAAGCACAGAGAGCUCAAGAUUCUUUGUAUAUUGUGACAUUUCCAUUAAUUUGUUCCUUCUGAGCUACACUCUUACAGGUGUUAACAGUCAUAACAACAGCCCUGUUAUUUCUUGACCACCCUCACAGGUCAGUUGGUGUUACUGCUGACUCUCCUGGGGUAGGGAGACUGUAGAUUUCCCAAGUGGAAAGUUCCUCAUUCUACCCCAGCAAAGGUCACUUGAGGGAUUCAGUUCCUGCAACACAUCCUGUGUCUGUACAGGAGUGUUACAGAAGGUUACAGGCUUCAGUUUGUUUGUUUUACUCACCUGGUUUAACAAAUACCUUUCAACCUGCCCAAGUGUUUAAAUCCCAAACAGCUUUUCCUGAGAAACAGAGGACCUCUAAAUUCUGAAAACACCCAGAUCAGAAGUGUUCCAGGGAAAGGUGUGACACAGUUUGCUCUGUAACUUCUGUGGAUUGUUUGGGAAGGUUUGGGGCAAACCCCAAAUGAAGGUUACUGAAGGUAAGGUGAGGCAGGAUGUCUUCUGUGUCCUGAGACAGGGGCUUUGGAAGAAAGGAAAAAUACACAGAUGGAGCAGAGUUGUGUUGGGAAAACUGAGUAACUUCAGACAGUUGGAAAAAUGAUAAAACCAAUACUUUUGCUGGGCCCUGUCUUCUCCUGGGUCCCAAAUCUGCAAUAAUGUGCAGCCUGGGGGGGAAAAAAAAAACCAUUUUUAUAGUGGGGAUUGAAACUAUCCUGUUCCAAAACUAAUGCUUGAAUACUAAAGAAAUGGCUCCACGUGGUGACAGUUCCUGGCUGAGGAGGGUCCUUUCUCCUGCACAGACCUGUGUAAGUGUCUCCCCUCAAAGUUCACGUGGGGAAGGUUGUUACAGCAGUGACUGUUUUGGUUGGGUUUGAGUGGGGCUUGUCUGCAAUACAAGUAGGUUUCUCAGCUGGGUUCUGUGUUUUGGGAGGGCUCAGUUUUGGGUAAGUUAACUGCUCAUGUAUUAUAUGAUCUGUACAGUAUUUGUAACAAGUGAUUUCCUUGUGAGAUCACAAACUGCUCUUGGGGAGCUGCAGACAGAACUAUACCACUGCUACUGCAGCAAACAGUGUAAACUCUGUAAACUCUUUAAUGUUCUACAUUUAAUUUUUUACAGGUUUUUUUUAUAAUUUAAAACAAAUACUUCUUCAGUACAGACUUUUUAUGAUUGCUAUUUCUUAACAAAAAGACCCCUCAAGUUAAUUUUUUCUAGUUCUAAUAUCUUUUUCUAAUGCUGGCAUUAUACUGGUAUUUUCUAACAGUUCAGAUUUUCUAAGGCCUUUCUGACAAGGUUUGACUUCUGUUUUUUAUUAUCAGUUCAUUAAAUCUCUCAGCACUGAACAGAUUUUUUUUUUUAAAGUGUGUGUAUAUGUAAGUAUGUUUGAAAUACACUGUAUAUAAAUUAAAUACCUUGAACAUAACCCAACCCAGGUUUCUGUUUGUCGGAUCACCUUAAGUAGUUUCCUUGACUUGCAAUAAUCCACUGGAAAACACAAGCUUCCAUAUGUUUUAGCAUGUUUGGUUAGUGUUCACUGGGAGGUUUUAACUAGAAUGUGUGUAAAGGGUAAGCCACCAGCCAUAAAAGUUCACUAAAAGGCUAAACAAAGCUCCUUGUUUUUAACAAUAUUCUGGUACCUCUCUGGCUCCCAAAUUCCUGUCAGUUUUGAACCAUAUGAUUUCAGUGGAGUGUUUUAAAACCUCCUUUUACAACUUUACACUUGCAUGUACUAACGGGGGCCAUCACAGUUCUGGGGUGGGUUUUUUGUAGACUGUGCAGGUCUGUUAAACAGAUUUACCCUCUACAAGUUUGUCUUUUUGGUUGAGUUUUGAACUAGAGGUGGUUUCAGCAUGACUAAGGCUGCACUUUAUGUCUUGUACAGGACAAAUGUGUGCAAUGGGUACAGGGGGGUGUUCAUGGAGUUCUCUGGGCUCUUCAGUGAUGCAAAGAGAUGUGUUUGAAAAGCCACAUGGAGCAAAGGUAGAAUUUCACAACAGCAGGAAGAAUAGAGCUCUCCAUUUCCAGCUAAGGAACGUGACAGUAACAGUGGUGGGUGCAAUAUUGCUUGGAUGCUGUAGGAAAUGGUCAGGCCCUUGUGAUCCAAAGGAUUCCAGCCCCCUGGUGUCACUGGUCCCCCUGUGGCAUCGCUCGGCUGUGUCUGUGCACGGGGCUGUUUAGAACCCGGUUAAGUGGGGACACUCUGGAAGUGUCUCUUGUUUGUCAGAGUAAAGAAUCUAUGUAACUUUCUAUUUGUAUUUAUCUCAAUAAAUCUGUGACUGUUUUAUAAACCAA